AGAGAGAGAGAGAGAGAGGAGUCACAACACAGCAGGAAGUCUCCUGAAUGGGCGGUGGGACUGAAACACGGACGACAAAUUCAGAAAGACGAAGAAUGUGAAGUUGUGGGGGGGUUGGGGGAACAGAAAACGAUGUGCUCCACGGAAAACAGCGCGGAGCUAAAACGGACAUCCUCAGACCCAGCUCUCAUCCUUGAGCUGAAGACCAGGAGACCUCCGUCCCUGGAGGGCCGAGCGGGAUGUGAGACCUGGAGCGUGGACUUCUCCCCGGACGGAGCCUGGUUCGCCUGGUCGAUGGGACACGGGAUCGUGUGGGUUGUUGCCUGGCCUCUGGACUCGGAAGACAGUCAGAAAGGAGAAAUUGAUCGAGGGGACAAGAGCUUCAGUUGUGGUCAGCCAGUGUGGGGCCUCACCUUCGGACCCAGACCUCCAAGAUCAGCUGCACGCCCCGCCAGAACACCACCAAAAGGGAACAACAGCCUGCUACUGGCCACAGGCCUGGAGAGCGGGGUGAUCAAAAUAUGGAACGUUCUGACAGGUGAGGCUGUAUUUGAUCUCCACGGUCAUGAGGGCGUUGUCAGGGAUCUGGUCUUUCCUCAGAAUGGAACCCUCACACUCAUAUCAUCUUCCCGGGACAAGACUUUGAGGAUUUGGGACCUGGCUCACAAAGGUAAAAAGGUGCAUGUGCUCUCUGGCCAUAAAGACUGGAUCAGCUGCUGCAGCGUGUCCUCAGACUGCAGCAUGAUCGCUUCAGUCGGCCGAUUUGACAGAAUGGUGUGUCUGUGGAGUCUGCGUUCAUACACUUUCAUGAGGAACCUGACAGGAGGGACCCACAAGUCCUUGUACCUGCUGUCUUCAUGUGACUUUUCUCCUGAUGGGGCGCUGCUCGCCACGGCGGCCUUCAGAGGCUCCAGCUGGUGGAUCGACCUGUGGGAUCCAUACACUGCGGAGAAACUGGCCACUCUGGUUGACUACUUUGAAGACUACGGGCAAAACCAAAUCUCAGCAAUACAGUUCUCCCCCAAUGGUUUGCAUGUCGCGAUUGUGACUGAUGACAGAGCUCUUCGCGUCUGGGAGCCAGGAAAAAGAGGGAUGGUGAUGCAGACAAAAGCUGACAGAGAAUCAAAUGGACUCUGCUGCAAAUACCAUCCUCAAGGGGGAGUGGUUGCCACAGGAACCAGAGACGGUCACGUAAGGUUCUGGAACGCUCCGAGGACGGUGCCCAGUCUGAGGCACCUGUGCAGAUCCAUCCUGCGCGACUCCGUCUCCACGCACCAGAUGGAGCCGCUGCCCCUCCCCAAACGGAUCCUCGAGUACCUCACUUACAGGAACAUCCCAGACCGCCUGAAAACCUGCUACUCCUCAGAUGAAGAGGACUGGGAGGGUUAAAUAGGAACACUAACGCAACGUAACCACUGACAUCUACAGCUAAUGAUUGUUAUGCAUCAUGUCUCAUUAUUCAAAAAGAAUGCCUUUAUUGUUUGCUACAAGUUUUCACCAUUGACCAUAUCUUAAUGUCAACCCAUUCCUACACUAAGGAUUUCAUUUUUGCACUACUACUUUAAGAUGAUGCAUAAACUCAAUGUUCACAUGCUUGAAUUGAAUAUCACAAUUUUAUACUUUUUAAUUUAUUGUGUACAUAUAGAAUGUAUUUCUAAUUCCUGUGUUUAUCAUGAAGCAGCACAUGCAUUAUACUACUGAUCCUGCACAUCCUAAUUGUAAAUAUAUGAAAACAGAAACUAGACUUUUAGGAAAUAGUUUUAAUAAACAGAUACAAAACACA